AUGACUACAAAUCAACCAUCGUAUCUAAUCCUUGGCGCCGGCAUCUUCGGCGUCUCCACCGCCUACUACCUCAUAAAAUCCAACCCCAACGCCUCCGUAACCCUCGUCGACCGCGACGCCUUCGACGCCGAAACCCGCGUCGCCGCAUCCUGGGACUGGAACAAGGUCGUGCGCGCCGACUAUGCCGACAUCGACUACUGCCGGCUCGCCCUGGAAGCCCAAGACAUCUUCAACACCGACCCGCUCUGGAAGCCGUAUUUCCACGAGACGGGGGUGUACUGGGUGUGUCGGGACGAUUAUGGGCAGGAUGUGGUAGAGAACUAUAAGAAGCUAGGGCGCAAGGCGGAGAUUGCGGCGUUUCCGCUGGAGGAGGCGAGGAGGAUGUAUGGCGGGUUGUUUGAGCAGGCGGAUUAUACAGAUGCGAAGGAGGUGCUUGUGAAUAAGACGAGUGGGUGGGGUGCUGCGGGGGAUGCGUUGAGGGCUGUUACGAGGGAGGUGAUUAGGCUGGGGGUGAAGUAUGUGCAGGCGGAUGUUGAGACUUUGUUGUUUAAUGGGCGGGAUGAGUGCAUUGGAGCGAAGACUGCGACGGGCGAGGAGAUCAAGGUUUCCAAGGUUGUUCUGUCUACAGGGGCGUUUACGGCGAAGCUGCUGGAGUACAGCGCUGCUGCCACUGGGAAGGAAGAUCUUAGGGCUGGACCCAGGAUUGUCGCUGGCGGUAUUACCACGGGGAUGGUGACGCUGGACGAGAAGUCGUAUGACAAGUUUGCGAAGAUGCCCGUGGGCUUCCAGGGCUAUGCCGCUGACAAGGGGCCUUUCCUCGGUAGUCUCCCUCCAACGCCAGAGAAGCAGCUGAAGUGGUGGGGUGCAACGAUAUUCAGCAACACACAGGAAGUCCUUCCUGGCCGAUUUGUAUCAGCGCCACCAACAGAUCAAGAUUACUCGCAGUGGAACGUAUCAAAAAAACUACAAGACGACGUCCGCUACUCCGCCCGCAUGUUCUACGGCUCCCAAACCGCAUCCUGGAGCUUCGACAAGUUCCGAGUCUGCUGGGACGCAUUCACACCAACCGGAGACUUCAUUAUCUCCCCCCACUCCGCCGCAAAAGGCCUAUACGUCGCCACCUGCGGCUCAUUCCACGGCUUCAAAUUCUUCCCCGUCAUCGGUAAAUACAUUGUGCAGAUGCUAGAGGGGAAGCUGGAUUCGCACCUCACGCAGAAGUGGGCUUGGGACCGGACGGCCGAGCAGCUCGAUUCGUCGCUGAAUCCGGAGUGGCCCAGGUCUGAGAUGAAGGAUAUGCUGGAUGCGAAGGUUGUUGCGAAGCUGUAG